GCUGUCAAAGAAUAAUACCACCUAGUCCCGAUGACUUGAGUCAUCUCACCCGGAACUUCCCGAUAUCUAGUCUAUAUAACAAACACCAACACUAUGAAUGGUAUUCUGUAUUGUCUUCAAUUGAUCAAGAUGUCUCGUCGACUCAAUCUGAAUACAUUCGUUUCUUCCCUCUCCCAAUCCACAUAUUCUCUUCCUGUCAGCCGCCAAUUCCUCCAAUCGCCAUCGUUCAACUUUAUCAAUCCACGCCAUCAUGUCAUCGCAACAGAUAAAGUCACCCAAAUCAUUCCUGAAUCGGCCAUUUCCAAUCUAAAUGAUGAGAAUGUGCUGUCAUUGUUUACCCGUGGCUUCUUUGGUGGUUUUGUCUUUGCAUUCGAGAGGACUGUUCUGCGUAUGGGAGGAUACAGACUACUACCUGCUGGAUAUACAAGUACGUUCCAACUUUCAUCUAUGAUCUGUACUCCUACUAAUAAAUAAAUAAGAAUUCAAACCCAAUCCAUCAGACACAAUCUGGAAUAAAUCUAAUAUACCCACCGCCCAUCUCCUUCCAGUCGGAAGCAAAUUAUUCGGCUCCUUCCAACUCCUCGACAAACACAUCUCUCCAGGAGGAACAAAAAGCUACGUCGACUACGGCUUCGGAUCAGAUGAGUUCCAUUUCGCUGGUUGC